UGUCCUGCAAUCUUCACACCAAGAAAUACACAAUGGACUCUCUGCUCAGACAGCUGACUCGUGGAAAUGCUCUUUUCCUUAUUAUUGCUUUGGGGGUUGGAGGAUCCUUCCAGAAUGGCUACCAUGUUACUGUAUUGAGCUCACCAUCUCCGUUCAUUCAGAGCUUCAUCAACAGCAGCUGGUACAGCAGGUAUAAAUACCAUCCACAGCCAAAGACGGUCACAAUCAUCUGGUCUGCUGUUGUUUCUGUUUACGCUGUCGGAGGGCUGCUUGGUGCCGUCAGUAUCAGAUUUAUCUCCCAUCUGCUUGGAAGGAAGAAGGCGGUGCUCUGUAACAGCUGCCUUUCCAUCACUGCAGGAGCGAUCAUGCUGACAAGCAAACAUGUAAACUCAUUUGAAAUGAUUAUUGCAGCAAGAUUCAUUUAUGGCUACUCAGUUGGUUUGGGUACCAGCACCCAUUUAAUGUACCUUGGAGAAAGUUCACCCAGAAAGAUCAGAGGUGGGAUGACUCUGACUGUAGCCAUAUUUAUGUCCCUUGGCAAACUGUCUGGACAGUUUUUUGGACUGAGUGAGCUACUCGGUCAGGAGGAGCUGUGGAACGUUCUCCUCUGUGUCCCAGCAUGUUUUUCCAUGAUUCAGCUUCUUGUGUUGCCUUUUCUACCUGAAGCUCCCAAAUACUUGUUCAUAGAGAAAUGUGACAGUGAAGCUUGCAGAGAAGCUCUCCAGAAGCUGUGGGGUCCAGGUGACUACAAACAGGAGAUGGAAGAGAUGAUGGCUGAACAGGCGGCUAUCGAGGCAGCUCCACCAAAAAGCACCCUGCAGUUCCUCAAGGACAGGAGUGUCCGCUGGCAGCUCAUCACCAUGCUCGUCAUUGCCAGCAGCAACCAAAUGUCAGGCAUGCCUGCGAUCAGCAUCUUCUCCUUUGACAUCUUCCUGAAGACAGGUGUCCCAUUACAGAUACGUUACAUCACACUGGCUCUUGGAAUAUGUGAAAUUCUGACCUCCAUCAGCUCUGGUUUUCUGAUCGAGAACAUCGGAAGGAGACUCUUGCUCUGGGUGGGCUAUGGUGCCAUGUCUGCUACCUGGGUGCUGAUCACUGUCACACUCAACCUGCAGGAUUCCACCGACUGGCUUUCAUACAUUUCUAUUGGCUUGUUCGUCCUCAUCAUCAUCUUCUUCUCUGGAGGACCUGGGGUGACUACUCCUGCUCUCAACCAUGAGCUGUUCAUUCAGUCAAAUCGAGUGGCAGCAUUUGUCAUCACAGGGCUCCAGCGCUGGCUCAUGACUGCGACGUUGGGCCUGAUGUUCCCCUUCCUUAUCGAAGCACUGGACUCCUACAGCUUUGUCCUGUUCUCUUGUACAUGUCUCCUGGCAUCGCUUUAUGCCUUCCUGAUCGUGCCCGAAACUAAAGGAAAAACGUUGCUGGAAAUCUCAUCAGAGUUUCAAGCCAUCAGUAUCUGUGGGAAGUCGGUCUCACAGGAGAACACAAUGGAGACUAAGUUCUAA